UUAAAGAUAUAUUUUCAUAUGUACAUGUGCUUAAAACUGACACAGAUCAAAUAAAAAUACAUUGCUGAUUUCAAAAAAUUACUGCAAGCAAUAUCGCUUCAGAAAUGUUAAUGAGAUGAAGCACUAUAAAACCUCCUUCUGCUUUGUCUUCGUGCAUAAUAGUGCAGUGAGGUAACACCUCCCCAAAAGGUCUGUCUUAGGCAGCUGGUAGUGAUUUGGAUAUUUUUUUUUUUCCUGAUGCACUGGAGAUGCUUUGAUUCUGUCCCUGUUUCUGCCACCAACACGCUUGGUUGGUGACGCACGCUUGAUGAUGUUCUGAAGUCUGUCAUCGUUUUUUUUCCUUCUCCCCCUCCUUUAUUUCAGAGGGUUGUAACUAAUCCUAAACCUGGGUCAAGGCAGCCUACUUGCGUUUUCAGUGGAUUGUUUUGGGUGUCUAAAAUCGGGCCUAAGCUUCAAAUUUACCAUGUGAGCACUAAUAAAGCCUGAAAGGUAGUCUACUUUUCUAGGCAGCAGAAAGUGAGAAGUUCCUGCUCUGAAUAUUUCUGUGGGAGAAGCUGUGAAUUGCGUUCUGGAGGGGCUUGUUCUUCCUUUUUGUUAACUAAACAUGUUGACAAAGCCAGUAAAUAUUGAGUAGUUCAUGGUAAAUUCAGGCUGUAGUUCAUAGUAACUCAUAGUUUUCUUCCUUAUGCAAGACAUUUGAGGAUCUGGGUCUCGGGCAUAUGCGCUGCUCUUCUAGAGAAGGUGAAUUCCAUCUUCUUGUCUGCAGGCCUUACAUGACUGUGGAUGGCUUCUGAGGGUAUGAGGAGCAGGGAAGUUAGAAAACAAAUCCUACUCCUUGCACGUUUGCACCCUUGAGAAAUCUUUCUUUAAAAAAAAAAAAUGACUGUAUGAGGGGUCUUUGUAGUGAUUCCCUGUUCCUUAUAAUCAGCUAAUAUUAACAUAUUUGUCUAAUCUUGUGCUAGUGUUUCAUCUUUCCUCAUAGGUGAUGUGGUGCUUUUCAUUCCUGCCUUGAAUAUUUAAGUUUGUCUUUUUUCUAGGUGUAAAUGUUACAGAUCAUGACUUGACUUUUAGAAGUCUCUCAGAAGUCCUUCAGAAUAGUGUUACUCCUUACAUAGCCUUACUGGAAGCCAAAGAUUGCCCAGGCAUAAAAAAUCUGAUGCAGAAGCUGAUAGGGCAGCUGAUGAACUGCUAUGUAGAUGUGGACUCGUUUGAAGAUGAGGACUAUGUGCAGGUUUCCCAGAAUAGAAUACGUUGUUCAAUGACUUCUCUUAUCAACUGGUAUGGGAGUGUAACAAAGAAGACAGAUUCUGAAACUCCAAGCAAAAAAAGAACUUCCUCUUCAAGACACUGGCAAUCUCCUCCAGUUGUAGUUGUAUUCAAAGACAUGGAAAGUUUCACCACAAGAGUACUUCAGGACUUCAUAGUCAUCAGCAGUCAGCAUAUCCAUGAAUUACCUCUAGUACUGAUUUUUGGAAUUGCUACAUCUCCAAUGAUUAUCCACAACUUACUUCCUCACUCUGUUUCCUCUCUGCUGUGCAUAGAGCUUUUCCAGUCCCUUUCCUGUAAGGAACACCUGUCUACUAUAAUUGACAAGCUGCUUCUGACAGCCCACUUUCCCUUUAAACUGGGUGAGAAAGUUCUACAAGUUCUCAUCAACAUAUUCUUGUACCAUGAUUUUUCCGUCCAGAAUUUUAUCAAAGGAUUUCAGCUUUGUAUUGUGGAGCAUUUCUAUUCCCAGCCUCUUAGUGUACUGUGUUGCCAACUGGUAGAUGCUAAGAAGAGGGUGAAUUCUUUAUCGCAUAGUCAGUGUGAAAACAUUCGAAGACUGCCCUCUUUUAGAAGGUAUGUGGAAAGUCAAGUAUCAGAGAAACAGAUCGCACUGUUGACAGCAGACGGCUUCUUAAAGGAAGUAAUACAGAAGUUGCUGGAGGACCUGCAUGUUUACCAUGCAAAUUACAUGCCAGUUCUAAGAUGUCUUCAUAUAUUCACAUCUUCUCUUCCAAAGUAUCCUUUGGGCAAGCAGAUCAGGGAGCUGCACUGUGCAUGUUUGGAAAACCGCGUGUGGGAGACGGAGGAGUAUGAGUCAUCUCUUCAGCUAGCAAGGAUGUUGAAUAAAUCUGAUUUGGUAACCAUGCUUCAACAAUGUGUGGAAAUUCUUAUGUCAUCUUCUGGAAAGGAGUUUGAUAAGACAGUAGAGAAGUUGAAGGAGUUCUUGACCCAGUUUCAGAAACUAGAAGGAGAAGCUUUCCAAGAGCGGGAUGUGUCUGUAUCAUCACAAAAGGAGCUCCAGAAGAAGACAGACCUUUAUCAUCUUCAAAAGAGUUUGUUGGAGUUGAAGGAAUCCAGGCGGUCUAAGAAACUGACAAAGUUUGAAGUGCUUCGGUUUGAACUUGUUGACUAUAUAGACAGUCUUGUAAGGAAUUACCUUGUUCCUGCAGACCACAAGACUCUGCAUGAGAUAAUGUAUUUCAACACAGCCAGCGUUCUCCGUGAGCACUUGAAUGCUGCCCCUAGGAUUGCACUUCAUACAGCUUUAAAUAAUCCAUACUGCUACCUGGAGAAUCAGGCUUUGAAAAGUGACGGAGGAAGCAUUUCUAAUAAAGCCCCCGACAUAUGCAUUGUGUAUAAGCUUCAUUUGGAGUGUGGCAGACUGAUUAAUCUCUCUGAUUGGUUAGAGGCUUUCUCAACUGUGGUGACGGGAGCUGAGGGACCAAAUGCAGAUGCAGCUUCCUCAGACCAGGUGGAUGAUGUUAUCCACUUGAGAAAUGUAAUGAAAACUCAAGAGCAAGAGCUAAGAUCACAGGGGAGCAGCUGUAAAAGUUUCUUCUAUCAAGACACAGGGGUAACAAACUCGACUGUUCUUCACUGCAGAGGAGGCUGGACUUCGUGGUCAGAGCCCCAGCUGUCUGGGAAGAGCUUAACAUCAAUAAAUUCUGAACCAGCAUCAGUAAUGGCAAACACUACAGCAAUGAAAAAGCACCCAGUGCUUUUCCUCCUUUAAUGAAAUACGGGGGCUCCAGUAACAUCAGGCUUUCUGUUUGCAGAGAACCUGGCUGUACAAGACACCUUUUACAUUUGUACAACAAAAAGUAGUGAAAUAAAUCAUAUGAGGAGACAAGUUCCAAACUUGCCCUCACAUUCUGUAGCCGAAAUACACAUACAGGAGAUUUCAACUGCAAAUAUACAUGUAAUUUUAAAAUGUUAGCUUCUACAUCUGUCCGCACAGUAAUAACAUGUUCUGCAGAUACUCCAGAAAACCACCUGUCUGCAGUGUUCAUUUGAAGUAAAGAGGACAAAAAUAAAAAAAAAAAAAAAAGGCAAAAUACCAAUGUUUGAGUUGCGGCACUGGCUCUGAAAUGGUAAUAGUGCAAAGCCCCAGAACUGACAUGUUGUAUUCUGCAGCAGCCACAUCUUUCAGCAAAACUAGUGCCAAAAAUCAGACCUAGAAGUAAAGUGCUUUGAAUAGGUUACCAUUGUUUCUCUCUUACAGAUGCUGUUCUUUACACCUCUUUCCAGUACUGCACCACUGGUUUCAAACACAAACAUGGUAAUUUUUCUUUUAUCUUUGAGCCUGCAAGAGCAGUAAAAUAUCAGAAUAAGCCAGGUGCCCUGUAAAAAACCAAACAUUAAUUCUCACAUUUAUCAUCUCAAGAGAACAGCUUCCAAGACAAAGGUCACUGGUUCACAACAAUAAACUCUUAAUACUUUAUCAGCCUUGGGUUUUUUUCUUCCUCACUAUGGAAUCAGAGCUAAAUCCUUCCCACUUCCCAUCUCAGAAAUGUGUAUGCCUAACUGAUAACUGGAGAUAAGAGUAGAAUUAAGAUACCAGCCAUUGUGAUCAUCUCUGCAUCUCAGUUUCCACAACAGUUUCUAACCAGAAUCUGCUAGUGGUCUUGCAGUUCAAGAGUACACAGGCAGAAUUUAAGCAUCACAGCACACAAGAACACUUGAUUAUCCUUCCUUUUCAACCUUGAAAAAGUCAGAAUAAUCUCACAGCUCUAUGCCUUCACAUCAGGAAAUAAAAAUCAACACACAGUUGGGAUGUACAAUGCUGCUUUUUAAGUACACAGUAAUGGAGACUUGCUUGAAAAUAAUUUACCAUCACUACUACCUUAAAAACAGGUUAACCGAGACCUUUGGUUUCACAUGAUUAAGCUGCAAUUUAACUGUCCUCAGCUUGCUUUGCUUUUGGAUAGACUGCAGUUACAUAAAAAUUGCAAAAUCAUUUUAAAUGUGGCUACCACAAAAUGUAGUUAUUGAAUCUUACCCAUUUCUACUUUACUUGAAAGCCUUUGGAAAGGCUUCUCAAAGCAGGAUUAUUUUUAAGCAUCAGCCUGCUGCUCAAUUUUCCUCAUUUUCUCAACAGUUAUUGAGCAGCCAACCAUUUUGCUGCUGAAGAAUAAGUCACCUGUUAGAUCAAGCCUUUCAUGUGCUAUUCAUCACAUCAGCUACUGGCACUGAGAUCAGAAAAAGGAGCCAGUUCCAAGUCCAAGACAGAACAAGCAGCAGGUUAAAAAAUGAAAAAUUUUUAAGAACGCAACCUUGUUUCCAAAAGGGGCACAAACCAAGCAUUCCACUGUGAUGUGUAAGCACCCAUGCUGGCAUUAUAUUUAAUCUGCCAGAAGACUGCUUAUUAGGCAUUUAUUUGGAGCAGCACAGGAGUGGCUGGGUGCUAACAUGACAUCACGUCUUAUUUAUAAUAACUCUUAAUAUCCCAAAGGAAAAGAUAAGCUGAGAUGCAGAGACAAUCACAAUAGUUGGUAUCUUAAUUCUAUCUCCAAAUACCAGUUAGGCACACACAUUUCUAUCAAGUCAGAACAAGGACCUUCCAGAACACACAACGUACAGGAAAUGUAUCAGGAUGCUGGAAUUUGGGUAAUGGUCCACUUAGCAGCAGUGGUUUUCCUACCCUAGGCAAGCUAACAAUAGGAGGUCAAAAACUGAGGAGCAGGAAGGAGAGGGACAGAGAGGCAGACAACAGAAGUUACAGCCCUCAAUAAUUCUGGUUUUAUCUGCAGUAACAAGACCUGAGAGGGUACUCUCAGAGAUUUCCCAUUUCUGAGAUAAUGAAAAUCUAGUAAAAAGAAUCCAAAUACUUAGGUAAGACAGGUUUCAGGAAAGUCAGCAGAAAAUUCUCUAAUACUGUUGUGAUGUGCCUAAUUCUGGAUCUGUAAUCUCACUAAGUGAAUAAAUUCACUAAGAACUACAGCUCAUAACAAGGCUUCUCUUAAAGGAUAAGCACUAGUGCAACCCAAUUAAUGCAUGUAUCUACCAGCUGAAAUUUCAAUUACAUUUCAACUAAAACUCUUCUGUUUAUCUGAAACGGUACAAAGAUCUACCACACAACAGACAUCCACUUAAACAGAAGCUGACAGUAAGUUAAAGGCGGCAACAAUUUAUAAUCAAAAGGAUUACUUUGAAGUUCCCAAAGCAGACACCCCAAGGCAUCUGGUAAGCAAUACUUCCACCCUACAGCACACAGAUCUGGACUUCUCAGAUACUUUUAAGUAACUUUUCAGUAAUUCUCACGGAGGCUCAGAACAGCGCAGCCAGCAGCAGCCAGCACUGUCUAAGCUGAAUGCAUCCAACAACAAACUCCUUGACCCUGAACACAAGGAUUACACACCUUUAGUUCUUCCAAUACCUGUGUAGUUCCAGCUUGUGGCAUAAGCACCUGCUCUACCUUGUGAACAGCUUCCCUUUGAUGUGUCACUUAAAUCUGAAGGGCGAGUUCAACGCUUGAGUCAGCUGCAGCAAGUUAAAGCAGCAGUUUCCUGACAGUUCUGUACCAAACAUGCUUCCCACAACAGGAAACAAUACAGCAAAAUCUAAGGAAGAUUUCUUCGCCUCUGAAGAUCAAUCACCUGUGAGAAAUCCACCUUUCUCCUGAUCUAAAAUUCUGACCCACCCACUAUUGCUAGUAAAUAAAGUUUUCAUUUAAACACUCAUUUAAGUUUAUUCAUACACAGCAAAAGUUCCACCUGCAUAUUAAAAACAAACAAAUUAGAAGUAAAUGUUUUAUUCUUCCAACUAAAUUCCAGUACUACAAGGGCAGUAAAACAAUGAUACACUGAAAAAUUGCAGCAAUAAACAUUUGUUAAAGACUGAUAGAAUAAAUAAAAACUACAAAAAUGAGAAAUCAUAUAAACCCAUUCUUAACCCCCAAAAAGGUCAUGGAAUACAGAAA